AGCUGCCGGAGGGAGGAGACAAAGGAGGACCGUAUAUAAGAGGGAGAGGACCGUACAGUAGUCACACAGAGCACAAAGUGUACUGGACAUCCAGAGAGGAAACAGUGAAUCACUGUGGACACAGACCAAACUACCAAACCUAAAGGACUUCAUCCUAACCGGUCCACAAUGGAGACAGAGAAGAAGACUCAGACUGCAGCAGAACAGCUGACAGACAGGGAUCUGUCUGAACAAAUCAAAAAGGUGACAAAGGACAGUCACGUCAGGGCCGAAAACACAGAACUGAUGCUGAGCUUCCAGAGGGGACAAGUCACCCUUGCACAGUAUAAGCUCCUCCUGUGCUCACUCUACGAGAUCUACCAGGCCUUGGAGGAAGAGCUGGACAGGAACUCCAACCACCCCGGUGUCGCACCCAUCUACUUCCCCGCUGAACUGGCCAGGCUGGAGUCCAUCGAGAAAGACCUGGAGUACUUCUACGGCCAGGACUGGAGAGAGAAGAUUGUUGUCCCCACAGCCACUAAAAGAUACUGCCACAGACUCAGACAGAUUGGUAAAGAAAACCCUGAAUUUCUGGUUGCCCAUGCUUACACCCGCUACCUCGGUGACCUGUCUGGAGGGCAGAUCCUGGGUAGAAUCGCCCAGAAGUCCAUGGGGCUCAAGAGCAAUGAGGGUCUGUCAUUCUUUGCUUUCCCUGGAGUCUCAAGCCCCAACCUGUUCAAGCAGCUCUACCGCAGCCGGAUGAACAGCGUGGAGCUGACGGAGGAGGAGAGGAAUGGCGUGCUGGAGGAAGCCGUCAGAGCCUUCGAGUUUAACAUUCAGGUCUUUGAUGAUUUACAGAAGUUACUCAGUGUCACUGAAAACCAGCUGCACAAUGGUUCAGCACACUCCAAACCAGUAACGACACUCCAGAUCCCUGGAACCAUGAUCAACACUUCCCCACUGCUGAGGAUGGUCCUGGGACUCUUUGUGGCUCUGGCUACUGUCAGUAUGGGAAUCUAUGCUUUUUAGAGACACAACAAUAAAUACUAUGUACUUGUCUGUUGUUGAUAAGGUUUUGUUUUUGUACUGUAAAACUAUUGAAAACCCUUACCUGAUUAUACCUUAAGUCUGUAAGAUUUUAGCUGUCUAUAAAUAACAAAAUACUGUGUAAUAUUUGUAUUUUAACAGAAAACCACAUUUAUAUGUACAUUGACUGAAUGGCUUUUUGAUGCUACAAUUUUUCCUCAAUCAGUUAUGAGGCAAAGUGAAAUAUGUAUGCUUUUAACACUGUAAAUAUGUUAUUUUUGUAAUAAAAUAUUCUGUUGAAAGAAAA